AGCUUGCUAGCGCGUUUUUUGUUGUUUUUCGUUCCUUAUUUUUUUUUUGUUUCUCGAUUCUUUUUGCAAAUGCGCGAGUGCGAGUCUGCGUAUGUGUGAGUGAGUGCCUCUCUAUACGUGCAUGUGUGUGUGUGUGUUUGAUACUCUUCUGUUGCCGCUGUUGCUGCUGCUACUGCUUCUUCUUCAUCAUCUGCUUCUUGCCGUUCUUGUUGUUGACGUUGUCGUCGCAUUGUUUUUAUUAUUAUCGUCGUUGCCGUCGUGGCCGCCGCGCAGACCACAAAAAAAAAAACGAAAAAGAAAACAGAACUUGAUUGUGAUAUAAUUUGUUAAGUAUUUAUUUGUAUAAUUUGUUUUAUAUUUUUUUUAUUGUGUAUUUUGGGCGCACACGAAGCGUGCCACGACGGAACACGCGCUGUGGCCGCCGCAUUGCAAACGCGUUGCAACGAAGCGCAACAACAAAACAAACAGCUGAAAAGCUCACCGACGACGAGGCUCCACAUCCAUCGCCAUCGCUCUCUCUCGCUCUUCGUCUCCGUCUCUCUGUGGUCUGGCCACACUGUGCGUCUGACUGACUGACUGUAAGUGUUCUGCGGCCGUCGUCGUCGUUGGUCUGUUGUCAAGCUGUCUCGCUCACUCACCAUGGUGUACUCAACAAACAUACUGCUGGCCAUUGUCACCAUACUGACCGCUGUGUUCAUCUGGUCGCGUCGCACCUACGUCUAUUGGCAGCGACGUCGCGUCAAGUUCGUGCAGCCCACACACAUUUUGGGCAACCUGAAGAAGGUGCUCAAGCUGGAGGAAUCGUUUGCACUGCAACUGCGUCGCUUCUAUUUCGAUGAUCGCUUCCGCAACGAACCCGUUGUCGGCAUCUAUCUCUUCCAUCAGCCGGCUCUGCUCAUACGCGAUCUCCAGCUGGUUCGCACCGUACUCGUUGAGGAUUUCGUCAGCUUCUCGAAUCGCUUUGCCAAAUGCGAUAUGCGUCACGAUAAGAUGGGCUCGCUGAAUUUAUUCUUUGCCCGCCAGCCGGAAUGGCGUGAGAUUCGCACACGUCUAUCGCCGGUCUUUACCGGGGCCAAGAUCAAGCAAAUGUUCUCCCUCAUGGAAGAGAUUGGCUGCGAUCUGGAAUGGUAUCUGAAGCGUUUGACACGAGAUCUGCGACGUGGCGAUGCCGCUCGCGGUGUGAUCGUGAGCAUUAAGGAUGUUUGCGAUCUGUAUAACACGGAUAUGAUUGCAAGCAUUGCAUUUGGAUUACGAUCAUACAGUUUACGGAAUACACAAUCAGAAAUCGGUUCACAUUGUCAGGACAUCUUUAAGCCGAAUGUGCGGCGAAUAAUCGAUUUUUUUGUGAUAUUCUUUUUGCCGAAACUGGUGCCGUUAUUUCGCUCCAAGCUGUUCACGGAGCCGCAUUCCGAAUUUUUGCGUCGCGUCAUUCAGCUGGUGAUCGAGGAGCGGGAACGUGGCGGCAUUUUGCGCAAUGAUCUCAUUGAAAUGCUGUUGACCCUUAAAAAGGAGGCCGAUCUGCAGCAGGACAAAUCGCACUUUACGCAUCAUCAAGACUUUUUGGCCGCCCAAGCGGCCAGCUUUGAGGUGGCAGGCAUUGAGACCUGCUCCUCAACCAUGUCCUUUGCCCUCUACGAGCUGGCAAAGCAACCCCUAAUGCAGGAGCGCUUACGUCGCGAAAUCCGUCACGCCUUUGCCAUCGCCGCCGCCCAUGGAUCGCACGGUGCCGGUCCCGGUUUGAGCUAUGAACUGAUUGCCGGCAUGAAGUAUCUCGAUAUGGUCGUCGAGGAGACGUUGCGCAUGUAUCCGAUUGUGCCGCUGCUGGAGCGCGAGUGCACACCGAUCAACAAGAAGCGCUUCUAUUCGUUGCGUCCCCAUGCCGAGUGCUAUGCACGCCGUGGCAUGCCCGUCUUCAUAUCCAAUCUGGCCAUACAUCAUGACUCCAAGUACUGGCCGGAACCGGAACGCUUUGAUCCGGAGCGUUUCAAUGCGGAGAACAAAUCAAAUCAGACACCAAUGUCGUAUCUGCCAUUUGGCGCUGGGCCGCAUCAUUGCAUUGGACUGCAGAUAGCGCUGUUGCAGAUCAAGCUGGGACUCAUCUACUUUCUGCGUCAGCAUCGGGUCGAGUUCUGUGAUCAGACCGUUGAUCACAUCAGUUUCGAUGCCAAGUUUGCGCUGCUUGCCAGCGAGCAUAGCAUUUACCUCAAAGUUGUAGACUGUUUAUAGCACAAGUUCACGAAGCAUCCACUCAUGACGAGCCCUCCACCACCCUCUAUUCAUAUUCAGAUACAGACUUAUUCACACACACACACACUCGACACACACACGCAUUCACAUCACAGCAUUUGGGCCGCAUUGUACAUAAAUAUUUGGUAUGCCUCAAAAUAAAAACGAUACAUUGAUAUAUGUUUUUUCAA